CCCCCGUCUCAUCCCUCUCGACGCCCGCGGUAGCGUCCUUGCUGGUCAUGCGACGAUGCGCUGUUGCUGGGGCCCGCCGGCCUUGCCUACCACUGCCAGCUUCGGUCACGCGGGCUCGCGCGCACAGAAGUUACAGCGUACACGUCCAACAGAAAAAGGCUUCCACAGCACAACCGCAGGCGCCUCCAGUAAAUGACGCCCUUUUCGCGACAUCGGCGGUGCCCAAGGCCCCCGCCCCCCGCCCGGACCCAUACGCCCUCGUCGCGCCGCAGCUGAAGGAGCUACGGGAGACGCUGCUCAACCUGCUCGGCUCGUCCCACCCCUCCCUCACCGAAAUCGCGAAGUACUACUUCCUGCACCCCUCAAAACAGCUCCGGCCGCUCCUCGUCCUCCUCUUCUCGCAAGCGACGAACGGGCUCGGCAGCGGGUGGUACAUCAAGAAGUGGGCGGCGGACUGCGAGGGCGCGGGCGGGCGGGCGGAGGAGCUGGACCAGCCACUGACGCGUGCGGACGUGCUGAACGACUGGAACCCGAGCAUGCCGGACAACACCGCGUCGUUCUCGAGCUCGUUCUCCCUGCGCCCGCCGCGGCCACCUCACCAGCCGCCGCUGCCGCCACCCUUCCCACCGUCCCUCCACAUCCCGGCCGUCGAGGCGCCCGCGGCGCUCCUCCCGACGCAGCUCCGGCUCGCGCAGAUUGUGGAGAUGAUCCACGUCGCGUCGCUGCUGCACGACGAUGUCAUCGACAAGUCGCCAUUGCGGCGGGGCGCGGCAUCUGCACCCGCGGCGUUCGGGAACAAGCUGUCCGUGCUGGCGGGCGACUUCCUGCUGGGCCGGACGAGUGCGGCGCUGUCGCGGCUAGGGGAGAACGAGGUGGUCGAGCUCAUUGCGAGUGUGAUCGCGAACCUCGUGGAGGGUGAGAUUCUGCAGCUGAAGGCCGUGCAUGCGGACGCGCUGGGUCUUGCGGGGCUGUCGCCGACGGUCGGGCAGGACAACUGGAACAUCUACCUGCAGAAGACGUACCUGAAGACGGCGAGUCUGAUGGCGAAGGGCGCGCGGGCGGCGGUGGUGCUCGGGGGAUGCAAGGAGGGCGAGGUGUGGAAGGAGGCGGCCUAUGCUUAUGGGCGCAACCUUGGCAUUGCGUUCCAGCUCAUGGACGACGUCCUCGACUAUGAAGCCGGCGACGCGACGUUAGGGAAGCCGGGCGGAGCCGAUCUGCAGCUGGGACUUGCUACCGGACCAGCGCUGUUCGCUUGGGAAGAGCACCCCGAGAUGGGCCCCCUUAUCAAGCGCAAGUUCGAGCAGCCAGGCGACGUCGAGCUGGCAAGGGAUCUCGUUCGGAGAUCAUCUGGUGUCGAGCGCACACGAGAUCUUGCGCGUGCGCAUGCUGAUAAGGCACGGGAGGUGCUGUCUGUGCUGCCAGACAGCGAUGCGAAGGCAGCACUGGAGGUGUUGACGGAGCGGGUGGUGAAACGGACGUCCUGAUGUUGGCUAACUUACAUAUAUUGCAGUAAUCACAUGCAUACACGCUUAGCUCUCGCUGGGAGCAGCC